AUGGAAAUUCCGUCUUUCCGCACCAACGCCAAUCCAGCACCUGAACAUGUCAUGCCAACCCGACCCAAAUCACUCCAGGCCCGGCGCCACUCUAUCUUCCCUUGGGCCCCGCGCCCAACCCGCCGACAUACUCUGACAUACCGCUUCAGACCCACCGCGCUAUUGAGUACCACCUCCACGAUGAACGCAGAACACGAUCGGACACACGCACAGGUCUUGGAAUCGACCUCCUCAUUUCCGUCGUCCGACCUUCACAUGCCCCGCGUCAAAAAUAUCUCUGUCCCCCGUCUGCAAUGCCAGAUUCUCUCAUCUUUACACCCAGCGCCCCCCGAAUCGCCCUCGACGCUGUCUGCCAUGAUCAACACCGCCAGUGUGGACUUGAACGCCGAUGGCAAUCAAAGUAACAUCGAUCACAUAACCUCGCUCGAGCGAUCUCUUUGCUCGAACUUCAUGUGCUGCGGUGUCCGGCUCGCCGACUUCCAUGCGCUCCUAGAGCACUUCGAGGAGGACCACAUCAUGGUGCUCGCGCCCAACGGAAAGCGGAUUUAUCCUCCGCAAGGUCUUCGAUCGGCCCCUAUGCACACGACACCACCCAACCUUGCGGCGCAGCAGCAGACGCCGACGCCUGGCUCCUCGCGUUCCUCGUCGGUCACUCCUUCGGAGCCGGCGCCCCCCACGCCAGUGUCGGCUAGUUUGUCGUUGCCCGCCGCCGGACCGUCGAAGCGCAAGUCGAGCGUUGCCAUCGCGCCUGUGUACACACCCUUCACGCCCAGUUUACCCGUCGACCCCGCCGACCCUUACUCAGACUCCACGGACAUCACGAUGGCGAUGGGCGAGGACGACGCGGUAUUCGCAGAACUGUACCCCACCUUCUCGAAUACCGAGAUCGCGCGUAUGGCUUCCAGCGAGCUUUCCCCCCUGCCAUCUGAGGACGAGGAAAUGUCGGAUGGGAGCACGAGUGCCAGUCCUAUCGACAUCGACGUGCCCAUGAGCCCUAUUCCGACCUACGUCUAUGGUGUCGACAAACAGCCGAUCACAGAGAUCCCGAAGACUGUCAGGUUUUCGAAGGGUGCUGUGGGUGGGGGCUCGAGGAAGGUCUCUUCAGCUUCUAGUUCGAAACCAGGCAAGGCGAGGAGUCGGUAUGGCAGCGCCGGUGGUGCUGUACGGAGGAGAGAGAAAUCAUUCAAGUGCCCCACUCCAAGAUGUACGAAGUCCUACCUCAACCCCAACGGCCUGAAAUACCACCUCGAAAAGGGCACCUGCAAAUUCGACGACGACUCCGAGGCAGAUCCCGAUCUCUCCAUGAGCGACGACACCAAUCCUCGCCAAACGACGCGCAAACAUCCAUCUCCUACGCCCGUCGCGUCUACGUCCACCCUACUAUUGCCCCCAGCACCGAAAACUCAAAACCAAAAACCUCAUCCCAAGCAUUCUUCCUCGACCGCCAAGUCCGACGAUGCGCACGCACCUCCACACGCGCCAGGCACCGUGCCCGAGCACGCGUCGACCAUGCAUAACUCGAACCCGAAUAAUUCAAAUUUUGAUGGUCCCAAGAGAGAUAUGGACACGCCGAGCACGCGUCGUGCGGGCCCUGCUGGGACGGGUCCGGGAGGUCCGGCGGGGGACGAGGAUCUACGUCCAAGUUCAAACGAAAUUGCGAAUGGAUUGGGGUCGGCAUUGGGGUACUGCCAUCCGUUGGGCGAUGAAUGUUCGUCGGUAGGGCAAGAGCAGGGGCAGAAGGGAAAUGGGGCUCAGCUUGCAGGAUCCUCAACAUCUACCUCGCAGAUCCAGCCAAUAACAGCACCGACGACGCUCACGGUGCCGCUCUCGACUCUACCCCGGCAUCAACGUCCUCCAGCGCAAGAACCUACGCCCUCUUCAACGACCUCAACGUCAACGACCGCGGCCACGCAAGCGUACCAGUAUCAGUACCCGCCCGGCGCGUACGCGCACACCUACGCGAUAGCCUAUGCGCAGCGGGCGGCCUACUACACGGCGGGCUCUGCCUCCUCGCCCGUACCCUCCCCUGCACCACCUGUGGCUAUGACCGCUGGGUCGUCGUCUGCUUCCGCCCGGUCGCAGUGA